GGAGUACCCGGACAAACAUUUCUUCAUUUAAAAAUAAAUUCCUUUUCAAUGUGAUAUGUGAUAGCUAUAUUUUCAUUAAUUCCUGACUCUAUCAUACCCUAUUAACCCUUUUUACUAGGGCACGUGCCACAGUAUAAAGCUUUUGUGCCCUGGUGUAAAUUUUAGCUGUUAACUGUAUUAAUUUAAUCACGGCAUGCAAAAACGGAUUUAUAUGCAAUGUAGUAACGCAAUUCAUGCUAGUAAAAAGCGAAAGUCUGCAGUUAGAUGUCUUUCAGAUUCACAACUUUUGAUUCAAUGUUUGUCUCUGCUAACAGUUAAAAUCUUUUGAGCCGUAUGAAGCUUGCAUGUGUUUGCCAAUAUCUGCCAUACUGUCAAGACAGAGGGUUUGCGUGCAGGUGUGUGCAGUAGUGGCCAAAAUUCUGAAAAAGUGACAACAUGGCGACUGCAGAGAGCGUGUCAGCUUUUUUAGACACCAACAGAAACUGCACGAUACAGAUUGCUAACAUGAGCGAAGUCUACAGCCUCAUCAACGCAAAGGUCUACACGUUCAGUGGGUACUGCUGCCAUCCUCCUCAGCCCACAAUCAGCUCCAACAAGACCGGGGUCUGCGCAAUCACUAAAACAGGCACUGCCCGUGGGGCCGUAGGUGUCUUGACCUAUGACCUCUUCCAUAUGAAGAACAAGGUGUGCACUGAACGCAUCGCUAUUCUGUUCUCCGUUCCCUACGACUACAACUUCUACAGUAACUACUUUGGAAUUGGGGUGAUCAAGACUGCACGUGAGUGCAAUGAAACCCUGUACAACGACAUGUAUUACGGAAGCGACAGCAGUUUUACCCGUGCGAAAGCAGAGGAGUCUGGAAUCACUCACAAGGCACAGAGAGUUGAAUUAAGAGCAACUAUGUCAAAUGUGGGCAAAGCUAUUAUUAAACUAGAGAUCCAUGACAAGCUGGGCUAAAAGUAUGUAAUUUAGCCUUACAAAAGAAUUUAUUUUCAUGAAUUCAUAAAAGUAAAAGUAUGCAAUUGUGAUUGUAAAACCUAAUAAAGGGGCAAAAUAGUUAAAAUUGACUGAAUCCUGUAUUGUGUAUUGUAGUUCUCUAAACCGGGCUUAAGACCACUUUUAAAAGAUCUUGGCCUCGUCUUGGAAGUGUAUUUUUUAUCAUGAAUUUUAUGCAGUUUAUUCAGUUUUGGCAUAUGAUGUUGGCAAUUGAUUAAGCAUUGUUUAAGUUUCUCCCAAUGACAAUUUUUCUAAUUUUAUUACUAAAAACACCUGCAUUGUGUUAAGUGGAU